GCGCGCGCGCGCGCGCACAGGAAAGUGAAAGUAAAGCUCAAACAAGCAGCGCACACACGGAAGGCGAGCAGUCUUUACAUGUGUAUAAGAGCUGGCUUCAGCGAGAGCUGCAGAGUUGCCUCACCAUGGCGCUGUGGAUGCAGAUUUCCCAGCAGCUACCAAAUCUGUCCAACCAGACCCUGAUGGAGCUCUAUCCAGACUCCUUCCCCAUAGAUGUCAGGCACUACCUGGCAAACUGGAUUGAGGAACAGAGAUGGGAGGACUUUGACACGGACAGUCUGGAGCAGGAGCCUCAGGCUCGCCGCCUGCUGGAGCAGAUGGUGGAGCUCCUACAGGAGGUGGCAUUCCACAACCCCAAUGUGGUGGAGAAGGUCAAGCUCCAGCACAUCAGCAGGAACAUGAGUACAUUCCAGACGCAGCCUUUGCAGCUGGUGCGGACAGUGAGAGACAUCCUCAGGAGAGAGAGACUCUUGCUUAGACAGGCGGCCAUGCCGCCCUUCACGCAGAUGCCCACCCCAAUCAACGGCACCACCUUGACCUCCAGGGAGGUGAACACCUCUGACCUGGACACCCUGGUGCUCAAGGUUCUGGACAUCCAGAGCUGCCGUCAGCAGAUCCACCAGCUGCAGGAGGAGCUGAACUGGGAGAAGCAGGAAGCAGAGCCCAUGCAAGGCCAAAAUGAUCUGGAUCCUAAACAUGCAGAUCAAGUCACCAAACAGACCCGAAUAGCUCAGCUGGAGUACAAAUAUCAAGAGUGUGCGAAGAAGCGUGUGCAGCUGCUGCAGGAGGCGAUGUGUAGUCUGGAGCAGUGCCAGACCCGUCUCAUCCACCGUAUCAAAUCUUGGCGGUGGGAGCAACUCCGUUCCACCAUUGGUCUGGCCUUCGACGACAACCUCCUUCCGCUACAGACAUGGUGCGAGCAAUUGCUUGGAGUGAACGGGAAUUUGAGACAGGAGUUGAUGCUUGUGAAGAGGGACCACGGGAGUGUGGAACAGUUCCACCUGCUGGAGGAGAACCUGAGCCACCUUCUGCAGCUUCUUAUCCACAGCUCCCUUGUGGUGGAGAAACAGCCUCCACAGGUCAUCAAGACCCAGUCCAAGUUCUCCAGCACUGUGCGCUAUCUGCUCGGGGAGAAAGUGGCUCCUGGAAAGCCAGUACUACUGAAAGCACAGAUCAUCACAGAGACGCAGGCCAGAAACCUAGGCCAAGGUGUCAUACCUACGGAGAACGUUGGAGAACUCAUUAACAGCACAGCCAUCUUAGAACACAACACUGCCAGCAAAAGCACAUGUGCCACAUUCAGGAAUAUGUCCAUCAGGAAGAUCAAGCGUGCUGACAGGAAGGGCUCAGAGUCCGUAACCGAGGAGAAGUUCGCGCUCCUCUUCACUACAGAGAUCGUCAUCACGGGCUGCGAGAGUCCUUACUGUGUCCAGACGAUCUCCCUCCCUGUUGUUAUAAUUGUACAUGGUAGUCAGGAGAACAAUGCUAUGGCCACAGUUAUAUGGGACUGUGCCUUCUCUGAGCCUAACAGGAUUCCAUUCGUUGUGCCUGAGCGUGUCCCGUGGAGUCAGAUGAGUGAGGCGCUGAGCAGUAAAUUCAUGUCAGAGGUGCAGACCAGUCGCGGCCUGGACAGAUACAACCUGCACUGCCUCGCACAGAAAAUCUUUGACAAGCUAGAGAUCUCAGAGGACUUCAACAAGAUGCCUGUAUCAUGGGCUCAGUUUAAUAAAGAAGUCCUGCCAGGGAGAACGUUCACCUUCUGGCAGUGGUUUGAGGGUGUGAUUGACCUGACGAAGAAAUGCCUGAAAGCUUACUGGACUGAGGGGCUGAUCUUUGGCUUCAUUGGGAAGCAGCACCUCCAUGUAAUUCUGCAGAACAAACCCAACGGGACAUUCCUGCUACGCUUCAGCGACUCGGAAAUCGGAGGCAUUACCAUUGCAUAUGUGGACGUAUGUGAAAAUGGAGGCAGAAAAAUCCAGAACAUCCAGCCCUUCACAAAGAAGGACCUGGACUCUGCUGGACUUGGCGACCGCAUCCGGGACAUCAAAUGCAUCAAAUACGUGUACCCAGAUAUGCCAAAGAACGAAGUAUUUAAGAAAUAUUUUACAGUUCCUUCUGCUCCAAACCCGGAUGGAUACCUGCCAUUCAAACUCACCACAGUAGUGGACCCGGAGCCUGGCUCAGCAACAGCUAGCAUCACACCUCAGCCUGUUUCCCUGGAUCCAAUUUACUCCAUUCAAACGCCCACCUCCCUUCCUGGAGGCCCUGCUGCCUUUGCACAGCCGUAUCCUGUCAAUGCCUCCAUGCCGAGCCAAGACGACCUCUACCCCCCCAUGCUCUACCCUGCUGAAAGCAUGGAUUUUAUGUUCCAACAAUAAACAAUAGCAAAUAGAUUUGGUACGUUAGACACCUUUUUGUUAUCAGGAGACCAGAUCCACAAGAUCACAUGGAGCUGGAGGAUUUUUUAUCAACACUCAACAAGUUAUAAUACUAUCAAAGACUGCAGCCACCUUCCUGCUACAGGACAAACAUCCCCCGUUCCUCUCAUCCACAUCGUAACAUAAAGUGCUGUGUGGAACAAACAGAAGCAAACUGUGCUCUCACACAGAUUCUAACAUUCAGUCAGUUCUGUGGGUUUGGAACUCUUCAUC